AUUUUCUUUCAAAGCCUCUAAAAAUCCCGAACCCUGCUGUCCGCACGAGGUUUCAGAGAGCAACGCACUGCUGUUUCCUUCUGAGAAUAAAGCGCCAGAGCUGCGCAUCUUCCUUCUAUUCUCACCCUUAGAGUCCACUGAGAGGAGGGAGGGAGCUGCAGGCCACGCGUGGGCUCCGGCGGGGCCAGUCCCCGGGGCGCCGGGCCGGGGAGCGGGCGCCGGGCGGCGGGCGGCGGGCGGCGCGCUCGGCGGGCAGAAGCCCCCAGUCCUCGGCCCCCGCGCAAGCGCCGCCGGGAAAUGCCCACAUCCCACAUCCGGGAAACCUGCGGCAGCGACACCGAGUGGAAGGCAAGAUGGCGGCGGCGGCAAUGGCCUGGUGCUAAGGGGAGAGCCAGGUCCCCGCGACCCUCGCUUCGGGCCGCGCUGGCCGCGGCAGCCCCGCGCCUCUCCCCGCCCUGCCCGCCGGCACCCUCGGGGCCCCGCAGGGCUUCCGGCCGCCCGGCGCCCCCGCGGCCCGCGGCCGCCGUCCGGGAGCCCGCGCUCCCCGCAGGGUUCAUUAUCUGAAGAAGUUUGAAGAAGUUAAUUAGCUAAAGAAGUAAAGAAGUUUGACAUUCCUGGCUACUUCUGCAAAGGACCUUCUUCAGUUUUGCUCAAGAGAAGGCUCUGAAUCUGUCGAGUGGCCCUUACAGUACUUUGUGUGGGUUAUACAUAUAGAUGUUUUCAUGAAGAGAAGUGAAAAACCAGAAGGAUAUA